UAAUUUGUCAUUCAUAUGUUUUGAUAUCAAAAAUUACUUCACAAAAAUAUCAAAUGCGACGUAAAUGUGAAAAGUUGUACAAAACAAUUAGGUUUUAACAGUGGUAUGUGUGAAUGAGUGAAUAGUUUAAUUGGCGGGGGCGCGACACGAAAUGCUAUGAUAUUGCGGGGCCGUGUCCGGGAUAACAAGAUGCCGUGCGAGAGCUGCGCGGUGCAGUUCAGCGUGUUCAGGCGGAAACGGGUGUGCUGCGAAUGUGAGCGGUACUACUGCAGCGGCUGCCUGCGGCGCGGCGGCGGUGCCAUGUGCGCUCCCUGCCGGGUGCUCUCCACUCGCCCGCUCUUCAGACACACCAUCGCCCACCUCAAGGCGCGCGACCUGCAGUGCUUCCUGCAGCGGCAGAAUGUCUCCACCAGAGGAUGUGUCGAGAAAGAAGAGUUGGUUAGCCUGUGCGUGUCGCACGUGAACAGCGCCGCGUACAGGCGACGCGGCUCGCGCGGCGGCUCCAGUCCCUUCAGCUCGCUCAAGGGGCUCACCAACAACAUCAACGACUUCAUCAACUCCGCCUUCGACCUGCGCGCGCAGCCGCAACCGGCACCGCCGCCACCCUCACGCAGUUGUUACAACACAAGCCACUCGCACGAGCCGUCAGCGGACGCGGGGCCGGCGCCGGCGCCACAAUCGCGAACGCGACCUACAGAGCGAUUCACCACCACACCUGGUGGCGAACGCGACAUAAUAGUCCCCCCACCGGAACCGGCGCCGACGCCGCGGCGAAGCGACUCACUGGAGAGCGCGCACGUUGACUCGGCGGACUGCUUCGAAAUUGAGGACCUGGACGAUCAGGGCUGGGAGGUAGUCAACAGGCCAGCAGAGCCAUUGCCUAAUGAUUCAGAAGUAUUAAUGAGCGCGACAGAGGGCGGCGUCCAACGUGCACCUGAACCUGAACUAGAACGCGAACCACACCGCGAAUUACAACGAGAACUGCAACGUGAACUGCACCGCGAGCUGCACCGCGAGUCCCGACGCGAGCCGGCGCAGGCGCUGGAGGACGAUUCGCUGUCGCCGCCAGAAUCGCCCGACGCGUCCCCACGCGGACCGCAGCGCGCCGCUUCCGAGCUGGAGCUGCGCCGCUCCGAAUCCGCCGCCACCGACACGGCCAGUCUGCAAGACGAGCCCAUCAUGUCGCGGGAUCCAGAGACGCCGCGCCACAUCUCGCUGCAGCAGUUCAAGCACAUGUCGGAGCUGGAGGCACUGAACGUGAAGCAGCUGAAGGAGCUGCUGACGCGCAACCGCGUGGAGUUCCGCGGCUGCAUCGAGCGCGCCGACCUGCUCGAGCGCGCCAACACGCUGUGGCGCGACCACGCGCGCUACCGGGACGAGCUGGAGAACCUGCCGCUGGAGGAGUGCUGCAAGAUCUGCAUGGCGGCGCCGCUGGAGUGCGUGCUGCUGGAGUGCGGCCACAUCGCGGCGUGCACGGCGUGCGCCAAGCAGCUGGCCGAGUGCCCCAUCUGCAGGCAGUACGUCGUGCGCGCCGUGCGCUUCUUCAGGUCCUGAGCGCGCCCGGCGCCGCGGUCCCUCGAGGGUCGGCGGUAUUGGCUUUACUCCAUACUUAAAUAUUACGUUCGUUAUCUUCAAAUAGUGCAAUGAUUUUGUAAAGUCUUUCAGACCCUUAGUCAAACUCAGGCCGAGAUAAAAAAAAUGCUCGACAUUGAACUGAUUUAGUGUGAUGAAUUAUAUUUAAUAGACUAGUGUUUCACAGACUUAAAUCGGAUCUUAGCAUUCAAAAUUAUAACAAUUUAUUUAAAUGAUUUAUUUUAAUGAAUAUAAUAUUGAAAACACGUGUUUCGGCAAAGCGCCACGAAAAUCAAUUACACUUAAACUUUUAUGUUUUUUUCAUUGACUAAUAUCAUAAUUUAUUAUUAUUAUACGCAAACUCAAUAGAGUAUACUUAUAUUUCAUGUUUUGUUAAGAUGAUAGCACCGGUAUUUCUUUUUAUAUGGCACGACAAACCUACUGCAUGCACGUGAUGGCAAGUGGAAUGGAGUCCAGAAAAUCCUCUCUAAAGAAAGGUAUAUGUCCUUAGAAAGUACUAGAAUCGUAAAAAUAAGUAUAGAUUAAAUAUUUUUGUUGGAAAGUAAACGCAAAAAUUGUUAGCAAGCUGCUAAGGCAACUUUUGUGCAGACUCAUAGACUGUAAAACUAUGAUCUUGUGUAAUGUACAGUUUGCCGAUGAAACGUACCGUAUGCGUCCUAUAAACAAAAGGCAGCAAUCUAUACUUGGACAGAUCUUGGAGAAUGUAUUUUUUUUUAUUCUGAAGCUAUAAUGACUGUUGUUUUGUAUUAAAUCUAUGGGUAUUUCUCAAGCACGAUAAAACACAGACAAUAAAGUAACGGCAAUAGAACACCAUUCUAUUAUGUAGUUACGUCGUCGAAAAUUUGUCUAAAUGCAGAUUGCUGGCUUUCAUUUAGUACGUCUCAUAUAAUACCUACUGGACAGCGAUACACAUAAAAAGAGCUUUAUCAAACGGGGUAUAUAGCAUUGCCGCCAUAUUGCUCAUGACUGUCAAAGGAUGCAACGUCUCAUAGCGUCCAACGUGUCCACCACUGUACCAUGAUAAAAAAAUCACUAUUCGUACACAACUUAAUGGUAUAACUCGUAGAUGUAAAUAUUGAUAACUCCAUGUUACGGGGCUCCAGGGCUGGUCCGAGGGUACUUUUUAUUGUGUUGUAGCAACGCCAUCUAGGACUUGAUGUUACAAGCUGUUUGGCACUGAGCUGCCCUCACCCUAAAGUAUUUGAUGUUAUAAUCCCCUGUAACUGGCAAUAUACCAGCGACAAUAGACUUUAUGGCUUAUCCUGAUACAUUUAUGAGCGAAAUUAGGUCUUCAUAGAUAUCUCCUGUUCUAUCGCUGGAAUGGACCAAUCAGAAUGAAUUUCGCUAUCACGAUACUUAGUUUGAUUGGUUUAUUUCAAGACAAGUUUACUGGCGAUAUCGAUAAAAAAUCCAAAUCUUGGGAUCUAUCGAUAUAAAUUAUUUUGAUUAGUUUAUUCUAGGAAUCGUUAAAGAUAGCGACAUUGGUAUAUUGUUAUAGCAAUCGAGAUUGUUCUAUUUUAUAGAGCAGUAUAAAAAGCAAUAACAGUCAAGUCUCCCCUCCCCCGCGUAGUCAGUACGACGCCUCUAGGUUUAUUCUGUGAAUACAGACUAUCGUAUUGCUAAGUCGCUAACGUGGAAUCCGUCUGGCCGCCAACAAUACUUUAAUUAAUUCACAAGUAUUCUACUUGGAAAGGAACUGUAUUAAAGACGAUUCUUAUAAACAAUCUAACGAAAUGGACCAAUCAGUGUUUUUAGACAAGGUUACAGAUGAGUUUUGAUUGGUUCAUUGUUACCAUUAAUGCAUGGUAACGAUCGGGGUUGUUUAUUGGAAUCGGCCGUUAAGUAUUCAGACAUUUUGUCAUUAGCGAUGUCCACUAAAUUAAAGGAAGAUGAAGGUUUUUUUGGAAAAAUGGUGUAAAGGCUCGCGCACACUUAGUCUUUGUAAUUCGGGGGUUUUAGAAAUAAAGAUUUGAUUUUUGGAACCAAUGUACUGGAUCUUUAUAAAAAUAGUAUUAUGUCGCGUCGAUAAAAUUUUGUGAAAAGGAGCGACAUUUAUAUAGAAUUUAAAAGCAACUUAAUGUCUGUUACAGUUAAAAACGUAAAAACUAGUUUAGGUUAGCUCGCGUAGCCGAGAAUUAUUUCGUACUUGUUUAAUAACAAAAUAAGCUAUGAUUUAUGUGAAAUAUAUAUCUACUAUCUAUACUAGUAUAACUAACUUAAAUUAGUUCUUGGUUUAGAACCGGCGUAACUGUAAUCUAAAAUAGAUUUUUGUCAAGAAUCAAUGAAAAAAAGUAAAUGAUAAAUACAUUGCUUCACGGAUUAAUUUUCGGAAUAAAGUUUUUCCUUUUCACUCCUUAACUCCUAACGUAUACAGUGUGGUCUCUGUGCGUGAGCCUUGAUACACUAAUAUCAGUGGAUAUAUAAUUAAGUUGCAACGUUAUCUGUCCUGUUUAUACGUGCUUGCAAUAUAGACAAUAUUAACAUGUGUUAGAAUUCAAUUUUGUACAACCCAGUUGAAUGGUAGUAUGAGAGGCGGUUGUGAUUACGCAGAAUAAAAUGUAAUAAUUAUUUUGUCUUCCGAUCGCGAUCGAGACGGUCGGGAGUCUAAGGAGUAGUCAAAUUAAUAUGAAGUAAGAAUAAAAGGUGCUUUGGGUAUGGAAUAAACAAUGAUGACGUCAUGAAUUAUCUGAUAUGCCAAAUGGUUAUGUAAACAUUGUAGACGUAUUUUCAGUGGAAAGUGUUAAUGGUCACUUUUUCUUUUGUGAUUUGGGGGCCGUUCAAGUAUUACGUAACGCAAUUUUUGAAGAUUUUUGACCCCCCAUGUAACGCGCCGUAACGUUUUCCUGUACGCCCCCGGCAUCCCUCCAAAAGUUAUGUCACAAUUUUUUUUUUUUAUAUUUACAAUUAUUUUACGCAAAAUACCGGAAAGUCACUAUAAUACUUUUGUUAUUGUUUUAGAAUAAAAAAAACAAUGUUACAUAACGUUUUACAAGUACCCCCUCCCCCCAAAUUGCGUUACGUAAUAUUUGAAUGGCCUUAACUGUGAAUUGGUGAGGUUGUGGGAUCGCCCGCCAGCUCCAGCUGUCUGAUUUGGGAUUUUGUUGUCUGGGUUUGGUCAUUAUGGCCGGUAAGCUUGCCUUCUCAUCAUAAUAUUACGAGCCUGCCAUAGAUUUUAUAUAAAUGCAUCGAUAUUGUAUUUGGACUGUAAGCUCCUAUCUUAGAAUUAGACUUUGCCGAAAUAAAAAAUAGUAAUCUGUGGUGAAUUUAAUGAAAUAGAUAUCUCUUUCGCUCAACUCAUCGCUAAACCCGGAUUUGUGUGGGUAAUAUUUGUAAAAUAAUUAGUUUUAUUUAUAAUAAUGUAUUUCUAUGUAAGCCGGCGCCCGCCAUGACCAUGGCUAAGAAUUUUUAGAUAACUUAAUUUUGAACCAAAUUACAAUAUGCACAAAGUCGCAUUUCGCGUAAUCGACGCGGAGGAUUUCGAUGUUCCUAUCCGAGGAUAUUUAAUAACUAAUAGCGUUAAAUAUAUUAGAAUAAAGUUCAACAUUAUUUGACCAAAAAACUCUUAGCCAUAUCUAUGGUGAGUGGCCAUUGUAAAGCUAAGUUCACACUUUACCAUACGGGGGCCGUGCACUGUCACAACCAGAUGGAGACAUAAUAGGACACCACUAGAACAGUGACAAAAUAUAUUGUUAGCUAAUUUACAUUUUACACUUGUUUGGUCUGUAAAUGCCUUUAUUUCGAACUUGCUUUUGCCCGUAGUGCUCCGUCUGCGAGAAAAAGUAUUUCCGGGAUCAAAGUCCCGCUUUAUAUUUUUCCCGGGUAAAUAGUACCACUCAGGAGUGAUGCAGCUUCCUAUUAGUGAAUGAAUUUUUAAAAUCGAUUCAAUAGUUCCAGCGAUUAGCCCCUACAAACAAAUUCUUAAACUUUACUUUUUAUAAUAUUAGUAUAAAUAAUAGUAACGCAGCCACGAAUGAAACCUCAGAUAACAUAAUUUGAUAAUCCCUGCUGUAUUGCAAUUUGCAAUAAGUUAGUUUAAAAUGACUUAACGCGGCCCCGGCCACGCACGGCCCCCGUACGUGUGUCCUAAGCUUACAUCCUGACUUGCAGCUUGUACUACCAUUUGGGACGUUUUUAUGUAUAAUAAAUGGAAUAGAUUGAUGUAGUUCUUCCCACUUGUACUUUUGUAAUCUGUAUUGUCAAUGUUGCGUAUAUUGUAUUUAAUGUUAUGGCUCAAAAUUUAAAACGGGGCGAGAGGAAUGUUACAUUUCCAUGGGUUUUAAAUACUAUAUAAAUAUAUUUAAAUAAAACUAGUUUUCACAUUUUAUCGUCGAUUUUUUGGACUUUAAUUUUCUUCUGAUGUUUCGAAGAUCCAGCCUUUAUAGUCACGGUUGAAGCGAAGGCUGCAGUCUUCGAGAAAAGUAAAAUACAAAAAACCGGCUAUGAAAUCCAAAAACUAAUUUUAUUUCAAUAUUUAACAUAUGCAUAGAUAAACAUAAUUCAUUAAUCAUAUAAUAUGGUCAUGGGUUUCGUUUAAGUGAGAGGGAUUGGAGGUAUUGGCAGGUCCUGAAAUGUAAAGGGGGAGAUAUAAAUGUAUACUGUUUGGGAUAUCGCGAUUUCGAAAUACUACGAUACCUCGGUAUAAAUCGUAGAUACUUUGAUAAAUUGGACUCUAAGCGAGCACAUGGUGUACAUACUUAGAGUUAACUUAUGCUAAUGAAUGAGUGUAGCUUACAAUGUCUAUCUGAAUGUAAUGGAAAUGUAACGUUCGUUAAAUGUAAUUUAAGUUUAAAUUUGUUUAACAACGCCAUGACGGCCGACCGGUGAUGAUUGUAUACACUAGUGUUAUUUAUUGAAUUGUUUUAGGAUGCUAGCUGUAUCUGGCUGUGUAUUGCUUGGAAAUUAUUUUUGUAGUAAUUAUAUUUUGUAUAGAAAGGUACUGAUCCCGAAGGCAUUCGUUCAAUUGGAUAUCAAUAAAUUAUCAUUGUGAAGCGA